AGAAAAACUAUUGAAAAGAAAAAGAAAAUCAUUUUUAUAACUCACUUACGAUAUUUUGUGGCAGUUACCUUAUCCUCCCCAAAACACUCUGCAAUGUUUUGUUCCUUGAGCAACCUUUCUAUACCCAAACCCAUUGUUGUUACUAAUGCCUCCCUUCCCCAAAACCCAGAUUCUUCUUCUUCAUCAUCUUCACCUCAACAAACCAAUCUUCCCCAAAAUCAAAAACCUUCACCUUCACCACCAAACAAGCUUCGCCAUCGAGCUCCACAGCCUUCAAUUAUGCAAAUUGAACGUGCCCUCGGCGCCGGAAGCUUCAGAGACGGCGAGCCUGACCUCAAAACGGAGAAAGAUUUUGAUGUAAAGAAGACUACUAUGGAUUUGUUUUUGGGGCAAGCAUUUGAAGGGAAGGUGCAGAAAAGGCUGAGGGAAACUGGAGAAUGGCUUGGUGAAAAUGGGGAGACCAGAUUUCGCUCCACUAAGACUAGAAAAGGAAUUCUGGUGUUUGCAUUUCAAUGGAUGAUGCCAAUUUGGGUUUUAUCAUUCCUAAUAGCUUCUGGAGCCAUCAAGUUACCAUUUAGUAUCCCUUUUCUUGAUGACCUCCUCUUGUAAACAUUGGCCAGUUACUUUUUGUAGAUUGAGUAGUUCUAAACUACUUAUAAGUUCAAAGGAACACUGCAUACAUAUACAUUUGUAUUUAAUAGUAUGACAUUUUGGAAUUUCAGUCUUUGGGAGAUUGUACAGUCACUUCACUGAUUUGAUUGAACUUGUAUUAGUUUAAAUGUCAGAUAUCAUAAAUGUUAAUUGAUGU